CUCUGUCAAGCCUCUCGGGUACUUGUCUUUGUUUUACUGCAUGACAUCAUUAACAUUUGUCUGUUGUGUGUUACAGAUAACUUUGGCUUCAAACAAGAGGAGAGGUUUGACUGUGGGGCUAAAUCUGGGGAUGUGUUUGCAGGUCAGAGGAGAUUCCCCCAGGCUAUGUUUUGGGACUAUAAGUUAAAUUUGAUUGGAGAAAGGGAUGAAGUACCAAUUCACUUUUGUGAUAAAUGUGGGCUUCCUAUCCAGCUCUAUGGGCGCAUGAUCCCCUGCAAACAUGUUUUCUGUUACGACUGCGCUCUGCUUCAUGAGAAGAAAGGAGAAAAGAUGUGCCCCGGCCUCACCAUGUACAACUGCACAGACCCAGUGCAGCGCAUCGAGCAGUGCCAGCGCGGCUCCCUCUACAUGUGCAGUGUUGUGCCAGGAUGCAAGCGCACCUACCUGUCCCAGCGUGACCUGCAAGCCCACGUCAACCACCGUCACAUGAGGGCAGCCAAGUCUUCCAGUGGUCGUCAGGACUCUGUGCACCUGCCCCCUGCAUCUGAUGUCCCCGAACGUUUCCGUGUUCCUCCGCCUCACUUACCCAAGAACCAUGUUCACCUCCCGAACCCGCUCCAGCACGGCAGUCACGACCCCUACAGUCAGCCGCCCCCGCCAACAGGUCACGAAGCUCCGCCCCCAAAUGCUCUUGGUCCUGAGACAUUCCGCAUUGCCACGGUAACAACUCGUAAGCACAGCAAUCUCAUCACUGUGCCCAUCCAAGAUGACUCUUCCUCAAGGGAGCCCCACUCUGGAGGCCCUGGUCAGCCACCCCACCACCACCCUGGGGACUAUCCUGGCCAGCCACCUGUAGUCUCUCACUCUCACCACAUGAUGGCGCCACCGCAACAGCACUUUGGCCCCCCACCUCCCCCGCCACCUCCU